UGGUAUACAGUAACGAGUCGACAUUAUUCGCGUGACAAACUGCUCUGACAAGAAUUUACAGGAAAUUUUGAUUUAAUUAUAUAUAUUAGCUAUGAUCGUUUUAAGAAAAAAAAAUAUAUAUUUUUACCGCUUUUUGUUUAUAAAUUGCUAUCGAAAACUGAAUUGAAUUAUUGAAUUUUUUAUAUAAUAUAAAUUUUAAAAAUGAUUUUGUUCAUAAUUUUUAAGAUGAAAUUUUGCUUUUUUCUAAAUAAUUCUUUUCAAAUUUUUAUUGAAAAAGAAAUGAAUAAUAAAAUCUUCAUAAAACUUUUUUAACAUCAUUAAUAAAGUAAGGUUUAUUAAACCAUUUAAUGAUAUCUAUAUAUAACGAAGAAUUAUUGAUUAGUAUAGUUAAACAAAUUUUUCUUUGCAUUAAUCACUUCUACUAUAAUAAACAAUCAAACUGAAUCAAACAUCUUCAUGACUAUGUUUUUUAUUUUUUUUAUGUUUUCAAAACAAAUUUGCACUCAGCAGAGAUAAUAAUAAUUGGAUGCAUUGAUCCGUUGCUUAGUUGAAUGUAUAUAGAUAAAGUGAAAACGUAAUGAGAUAUAUCUUAUAUAUUUUAUAAGUCGAAUAGUAAUUUUCAGUAUGUGAAUUUUGUCAAAAUAUACAAUUAUUUCUUAUAUAAUGUAAUCUGAUUUUUAGGUUAUCUUUUUUAAGUGUUGUAUUGUUUGUAACAAUGAAAAAAUGUUUAAUACUGAUCUGUUUUUACUGUUGUUUAUAAUUAAUUUGUGUUCGACAAUAAUAGUUAAAUCAUUGUACAAUCAAUAUUCUAUUUUUAAUUAUUUCUAAUAAAAAUUUUUAUGCAAAAAUUAAACUAUUAACAAAUGUAUUAUAUUCACAAAAUUUCCAUAUAGCAAACUAUUUGAAUAAUAUAAAAUCAAUUCUUAUUUUUUUAUUUAUAAAAUUACAUUUGUGAUAAUAAUUACAAUAAUUGAAUGCGAAAAAUACGGCUUUUAUUUGGUAAUUAUUAGAUGUUUGAUAUCCAUUAUUCAAUCGCAAUUUACUCUACAGAGCAGGAAAUGACAGAAAAUGGAAAAUGCGCAGUACCUUAUUAUUCACCUUGAUUUCUGUUUCUUCUAUAAUAUUUGUGAAAAUUUAUACUAUUUGUAAGAAAUCUCUUAUAAUAUUAAAAAAGAAUAUCUUCCAAUAUUUAAACGUUAAGAAACAUGUCAAAUUUAUCGCCAUUUCAAUUUUAAUUAUUCAUUUUUAUUUAAAUCAUAAGAUAAAAAUACACACAUACAUAACAUUUAAUUUAAUUUUAAAUAAAAAUUAAAAGAAUAAAAAUAUAUUCAUCAAAAAAUUGAAAUGGUACAUAAAUGCAAAUAUCUUUGCAAGUCACAACAUGGAUAUGUAUUCUGACGAUCUCAUAAAAUAUAAAAUGGUGGUGGAGCAGUCGACGCAACAUUCUUAAAACACGCAUGCGCGCGCCUGCGCCACAGAAAAGUAGUACGCUGGACUUUUCAUUUCACGGAAUCGUGCACGUCUUUUCAUGGCAUACAAAAUUUUGCAACGAAUGUGAACAGAAUUCAUACGUCGAGGUGCGCAGUGAUCAGUGCGCAUUGUCAGCCUGAAACACAGUGAGCAGAUCAGUGGGAGAGUCGAGUGUAAUGUCUGAUAAGACAAGCGAUGGACAACCGUGAGAGUGCAUGAUCGUAUUUUCAAUUUUGACAGUUCAACGAAGAAGUGACUGAAAAGAUAUCAAGUAUUCAUGAAAAGCACUAUAAUCAUACUUAAUAUGUAUAAUUUGAUGUGCCAUUAAUCAAGAUAGUCUAACGAAAGACUAAUUCAGAAAAUCGCACGAACAGAAAAAAAGCACGAGUGGUCAGUGUGUGUGCGCGUUGUUGAGCACUACGUGUCUUUUGUUGGAAUAGACAUACUAUAUAACAAAAAAGUUUGUCUUUAUUAAAAGAAAUAAAAUAAAAUUAUUCGAUAUCUGUCUUAAGUUUUUCCAUUAACAAACAAAGGCUGAUUCUGGUGUUGCCUUUGAGGACUAGAUAUAACACUGCCUCUCUUUUUCCCUCUCUUUCGUUCUUGUUCUUGAGGACGAGGAAGAAGAAUGGAGGCGAUAGCAAAGCACGAUUUUACAGCGACGGCCGAAGAUGAGCUUAGUUUUCGAAGAAGCCAAAUCUUAAAGAUUCUGAAUAUGGAGGAUGAUAUGAAUUGGUACAGAGCUGAAUUAGAUUCCAGAGAAGGACUCAUUCCAAGUAAUUAUAUAGAGAUGAAAAAUCAUGACUGGUAUUAUGGAAGGAUAACCAGAGCAGAUGCAGAAAGACUAUUAAUGAACAAACAUGAAGGCGCCUUUCUUAUUAGAAUCAGUGAAAGUUCUCCUGGUGAUUUCUCUUUAUCUGUGAAAUGUUCAGACGGUGUACAACAUUUCAAAGUAUUAAGAGAUGCUCAAGGUAAAUUUUUCCUCUGGGUGGUCAAAUUUAACAGUCUUAAUGAAUUAGUAGAAUAUCACCGUACAGCAUCUGUAUCUCGUUCACAAGAUGUUAAACUGAGAGAUAUGGUACCAGAAGAAUGUUUAGUGCAAGCAUUAUAUGAUUUCCAACCUCAAGAACCUGGUGAACUUGAAUUCAAACGAGGUGAUGUAAUUACUGUUACUGAUCGUACAGAUCAACACUGGUGGCAUGGAGAAAUUGGUAAUAGACGAGGCCUGUUUCCUUCUACAUAUGUUACUCCAUAUCACUCCUAGGCCUCAUGUUGUGCACACAGAGGCCAAAGGCAUCGGCCACAUUAUCCCACCACUAUCACGUACAGGAUCAGACUUACUGCAGAAUUAAUCAACAACAUUUUACAAACUCCACCUAUUGAAUGGGCUACCAGGAUGUAUUGGUGGUCUAGACGUAGAGUUGUUUAAAUGAAAUCAAUAUUAUCGCCAAUAUUUUUUAUUGGUCUCAUUGAAAAAAAUUCUUCAUAUUUAGUAAUUUAUAUAAACAAAUGUAGAGUUCCUGAUAUAGUAUAUAACAGGGUAGCUUUUUUGUUAUUGGAUUUAUUAGAGGAAUUUUUCAUUGGGACUAAUACUGCUAUUCAACAUGUUUGAUAGAUGUGGGUAUUGUAUAAUAGACACCACAUUAAAUUAUCUUAAAUUUAAUUUUCAUGAAUACUCAAGUAGAAAAUAGAUCUGAGAGAUAAAAUUACAAUAUUUAAAUAUAAUAAAUGAAAUUUUAAUGGUGUUUUCUAUAUCUUGGUAGUCCAUUGAUGGAGUAUAUGUAAAACUUAUAAUAUUAAUUAUAUACGUCAGUAAAGAAAAAUAUUGAUCGUAUUAAGAAGGAAGAUGCGUAUUAUUUCAAAACAGGUUUAUAAACGGGCUGGCAUAAACGUUGUAUUUUUCAAUACGAAUUUAUUGUUUGAAGUACGGGGACCUUGGUGAUAAAAAGCCUAGUAAGCUAUCCAUAUGCGAGAUACAAAAGAACUUUAUAUAGAUAUAUAGCAUUAUAACGCGUCGCCUUUUGGCAUAAAAUGCACACCACAUUCUGCCUCUAUGUUGUGAAUAUUUUUACAAAUAUUUGUGGAAGAAAAUAUUCUUCCGGCGGUUAAGAUACGUCUGAUAUUAUUACAUCAGAUAUACUUGCUGUGUAUCAUAUACAUAUAGACUUGUACUAUUCAGACUGUAUGUGGAAUAAUUAUUCUGGCAUCUCCUGAGGUAAAUCUUUUUAUCAAGUAUUAGCAAAGGAAUAACAGCAGUUUAAAUAAGCUGUUUUGCUUUUUGAUUUUUCCAAUUAUAUACAAAUAAUUGGAAAUUUUAUUUUUAUCAUUGCCCUUUAUGCUAUGAAACAAUUUUUUGAAAAAUUGUUUUUUCUUUUAAAGAUUUUAUAAUGAAAAAAAAUGAACAAAAUAAGUUUUUUACACAAACAUCAUACAUACUUAUUCAUUUUUAAUACGAUUGAUACAUUGUUUGUAAUGUAAGAAAUAUUAGUAAGUGAAAAAAUUAUAGAAUGAAAAUAAAUAUAUAAAUUUUUAGAAAAAUCAUUUAAACUUAUAUUAUUUAAUGUAUUCAUAAUGAGAAAUUUAUAUUUCUUAACGCAUUUCUAAUUAUUUUCUGAUAAAAAAUGAUAUCUAUGCAUAUAUAUAUAUAUAUAUAUAUAUAUAUGAUAAUAAUAAGUAAACUAUGAAAAUAAACCACUUUUGAAUGAAUAGUAUGUAUAAUGUUUUUGUUUUAAAACUUAUUAAUGUUAAUGUGCGGAAAUUCAUGUAUAUUUUUUAAAUACUUCUUUUUAUCUAAUUAUUUCGAUAUUCUUGCUUUCUUAUUUCCGUGUAAACAAUAAGAAUAUGUAGUCCUAUUGUGUAAUUAUUAUUAUUCGUUAUGUUUACAUUUUAUUGAUAACAAUAUAUUAUAUUAAUUACU